AUGGAUCUUCGGCUUGGGCUUCUCGUUCUUGGCUUCUUUCUUUGCCAUGUGGCCUUCGAAGCCUUGAACGAGAUGCUGGUCACGCUGCCCAAUGUUCCGCACAGUGUGACCCUUUGGAGUGUCGCUACGCAGUUUGGCCUUUGUACAGUGGCGCCGUUGACACGAGCACCGAGGGCCUUAUUCACCAAAAGUUCCUGGUGGCCGCUACUUGGCUCGUCUCAACACUGGUUUUUGUCGAACGGUUUGUCGCAGUACUCUACGCAUCACGUGGAGUUCACCGUGAAGAUUGUGGCCAAAGCUAGCAAGCUGUUGCCCACAAUGCUGAUCUCGGGCCUACUGGGCAACUCGAGCCACUUCCAGGCCUUGGAUUAUGUAGCAGCUCUACUACUAUGUGCAGGGACGGCUCUUUUCUCGUAUGGUGGCGGUCGUGCGCCGAACGCGGCGAGCUCCUGGCAGGUGGUGGUGGGUAUGUUGGCACUCGCAGUGUCAUGCAUAUUCGAUGGUUUGGUUCCAAACCUUCAGCAGAAGAUCAUGCACACUGGGAUUACCUCGACAGAGCUCAUGAUCCGAACAAAUGCGAUCGGUUCACUGGCAGGUGUUGCUGGCAUCGUGCUGAGUCGUGAUAUGAUGUCCGUGGUUGCCUAUGCAGGCCAGCAGCCAGAGCUGUGCUGGCUCAUCCCUUCGAUCGGGUUGUCCUUGGCAGGCAGUGUUCUAUGCUACACCGACCUGGUGGCCCAUGCUGGCUCUGUGGCGGCGGUGGGAGUGGCCACGCUUCGCAAAAGUGCCUCGUUGCUUCUUUCGUAUUUCUUGUUUCCAGGAAAGCCAUUCAGUACUCUAAGUGGGCUUGGGCUCCUGGUCCUUACUCUCGGCCUUCUUCUGGCAGAACGCCGUGCAACAUCGCGUAGCAGAGCACAAGGUGGCAAUGGCAACGAAAGGAACGAGAAAGAAAACACUGCGCUGGCUGGCUCCGGCUUCCAUGCUCGGGGCAGAUAUGCCACGGACUUGAUAGGCUUGCUCAACCAAGAAAAGCUUCCUAGCUGUGCAGAGCUUCUGUGGAUUCAGCGAAGUGCGCUUAGCGGCCGGGUGUGCGUGGUCGUUGAGCAGGUGGCAGCUGCCCUGGUGAGUCACGCGCAGCUACUUGCGUUGCAGCACCCGCCAGAGGGUGCCGGUGCCACGACUCUGAUUGUGGCACCGAGGUGCGAAAAGCUUCUUGACUUCGAGGGCUACUUGGAGCUCUGUGAUUGGGUCGAAGAAGCUUUCUCAGAGCUGGACCUGAUCGGUAAAGUGCAGAUGGCUGCUUUUCAUCCAGACUUCCGCUUCAAUGGUUCUGAUGCGGCGGACUGCGCAAAUUUUGUCGGUCGUGCUCCAUAUCCUGCUUUUCAUUUGCUGCGAGAGGAGGAGGUUUCUGCUGCCCUGGCAAGCUUUCAUCUCGUUGACCGCGAACCUUUCCAGGGCCCGGAGGAGGUCGGCGCUUUCAUCGCCGAGCGCAAUGCAAGGUUUCUCCGCAAUCGGGGAAGAGAAGCCUGCUUGCGAAGUGUCAGGGCCUGCGACGUGUCAGACCUGCCAAGAGGACAAGGAAAAGAUGCAGGGUGA